AUGGACCUCAUACAUGGAGACCUCAUCGACAACGAAUCGAGAUGCACUCAUUGGCAUUCUAACUUAGACAUAAUAUCGCUGAAGUUUAAAUGUUGCCCUGGAAUAUACUGGGCAUGCUACCAAUGUCAUCAAGAACAAACAACUCACCCAUUGCAAAAAUUUGAUCUCAUACUGGACAAGGACGUCCCUGUAAUCAUAUGCGGACAUUGCUACCAACAGAUGACUUUUGAUCAAUACCAACAUUUCAACGCAAAAAACCAAUUAUCUUGUUCUCAUUGUAACGCUUUGUUUAACCCAGGUUGUCAAUUACAUUACCAUUUAUAUUUCGAUAACGCUACGAAUUCAUGUCAGAGACACUAG